GUCGUCGCUUUGUUGUGAAUGCCAUAAUAUAACUUAAGAAUUGCACGACAAUUGGUAUUUUGUUAUUUUGCAUAGCCGGUAAUAGAAUUAAGUUAUAAAGUCGCUAAACAAAUUUACCUGCACUACAAGUGUUCAAGUUUUAACAAAGAUGUCAACAUCGACGACUACCACAUCGAGUCCAACGGGCAGUUCUAAUGGCUCUCUAGCAAUGUCAUAUGGUGCUGUGCCCGUGCUGCCAGGGACAAAUACGCAGAAACCCUUUACGCUCUCUGAACGGUUAAAUUUCGAGAUAUACCGUUACUCCAGCUAUUCCCCAAAUUAUUUGCCUGAAAACGUUCUCGUCGACUGCCCAAAUGAUCAAACAUCACGUUGGUCCGCAUACACGAACAGCCCACCGCAGUUUCUCACACUAAAGCUCCGACGUCCCGCCAUUGUUCAAAAGAUUAAAUUUGGUAAAUUUGAGAAAUCGCACGUGUGCAAUAUAAAGAAGUUUCGCGUGUUUGGUGGAUUGGAAGAUGAGCACAUGGUGCUCUUGCUAGAAGCUGGUCUUAAAAAUGAUAAUAUACCUGAAGUAUUCAAUUUGCGGUGCAUGACUGAGGAUGGCGCCGAAAAUCUGCCCAUUCUCUAUCUGAAGAUAGUGCCAUUGUUGUCUUGGGGACCAUCGUUCAAUUUCAGUAUCUGGUACAUCGAACUGCAUGGCCAGGAUGAUCCCAUGUACACGUGUGCACGGAUGAAGAGCUACAAUACGCUACGUGAAACUGAGAUUAUCAAGCUGUGUCUCAAGCACUUCCGUCAGCAGGGUUAUAUGAAAGCCUUUGGGGCGCUACAGGAACAGACAAAUGUGCGUCUCGAGCAUCCACUCAUUAGCGAAUUGCAUAAAUACUUGGUGGUGCAAGGCGAUUUCGAGCAGGCGGAGCGCUUCAUUGUAAAGUGCAUUGAUGACGGCCUAAUGGAUGAGUAUUUAAAUAAGCAAGACUAUAAGCAUCACUGGCAAAUGAAGUACACUCAAAGCGAGAUAAAGCCUGGAAACCGUGGUGGCCACCAGUUGGUGGUCGAUGCCAAAAAGCGCCUAAUAUAUUUGUAUGGUGGUUGGGAUGGCUACCAAGAUCUUAGCGACUUGUGGGUGUACAGCAUUGAACUGGACGAAUGGACGCUGCUCUGUGAGCGCUCCGAGCUAUCCAAUGGACCUACCCCGCGCUCCUGUCACAAACUGGUCUUUGAUCCCAUCCGCGAAAAUAUCUUCAUACUGGGCCGCUAUUUGGACAACUCAAUACGCACCAGUGAUUACAUCAAGAGUGAUUUUUACUUGUACGACACCCGUGCCUGUAAUUGGAUGCCAAUCUGUGAUGAUACCAGUCAAGUUGGUGGCCCGCAGCUUGUGUACGAUCACCAGAUGUGCAUCGAUGCCGAUAAGCGUACGAUUUAUGUGUUCGGGGGCAAGAUACUGACGCCGCGCAGCCCGACGGCUUCGACUGAGCCAGAAUACUCUGGCCUAUUUUCUUAUCAUAUUGCGACAAACACUUGGACGCAGAUACUCGUAGAUUGUCAUCAUGCAAGUGCAUCGCAGGCGGAUGUUAUGUCAAUUAAAUCACGCAUUACCCACUGCAUGGUUUUCCAUAAUAAACAACGAAAGCUUUACAUCUACGGUGGACAGCGCGGGAAGGAGGAUCUUGACGAGCUGCUUACUUACGAUGUAGAGUCACAGGCCAUUUCACUGAUAAACAAGGAGCAUUCGCACCUCGGCACCAAUACCAGUACUGAGGCCAAAUUUGAGCCAUCAUCGGGCUACACAUUGCGAGCUACCAUUGAUUGUGAUCGCGAUGAAAUUUACGUAUUCUCGAGCCUCAACAAGGUUAAGGACAGGCGCGAUGUGCAUCAUGUAGAUGCGUCAAAUUCGUUUUGGGUUUACUCCUUGCGAACCCAUAAAUGGUCACGCAUCUAUUACUGCCGACACAAUGCUCAGGACGUGAACUCCAUUAAUAAGGCCAACUUUUUGGGUGCCAGCAAAGGCGACGAUGUACUGGAGCCAUGUCCACGAUAUGCUCAUCAGUUGGUGUACGAUGAAGUAGCAAAAACGCAUUAUCUGUUUGGUGGUAAUCCAGGCAUAUUUCAAUACCAGCAACUGCGCUUGGAUGACUUCUGGUUGCUGCACUUAGAAAAGCCAAAACGCGAAGAGAUAUUGAAACAUUGCCGCUAUUUGGUGCGUAAGCUUCGGUAUGAGGAAAUGACACGCUCAGAUCCAAUAAAAGCGAUGGAAUAUCUUAGACAUCAUAUCGCUGAUGUUAUAGAUCACACUGACACUGAACAGUUGAACAAUUUUCACAAGUUGGCUUCACUGCUCUUCAAACCACACGACAACAGCCAAGACUCUGAAAGUGCCAGAGCUACACCCGAGCUGUGUGCUGAAACCGAAGGAUACGGUGUAGAGGGAGUUAGCUCUAAACUUGAAAUGACAGAAAAUGUUGGAAUGGGUGUCGCUGAAAAUAUCUCGCUAGAGUCAAACGAGAGCUUGGCGACUUCGGGUAUAUCAGAGCCGGCGUCCAGUCCCAGUGGCUCGUCGUGCACAAAGCGUGCGCGCACCGAAGCCAACUGUGAGCUGCAAAACCGCCGAGCAUACCUUUUCAACAAGCUGGUACAGCUCAUGCCGGCCAGCAUGGUGCAGCCAGAGCGGAACCUGAGCGACUUUGUGAUCAUUUAAAAGAUUCUUCAACUUGCAAUCGGUGCCAAAAAA